AUGCGUAAGUAUAAAUCAACUGAUUCCCACUAUUUGGAAUAGGCAACUCGCAAUUAUAAUUUCGUCAACUUGAAGAAAAGUAACAACUCCUCUAGUAAUUCCAACUCUCUUCCCUCAACAAAAGCAACCAUUCGCCCAAUAGAUUCCUCAACUGAAGAAUAGAUUCCAUAUAUUCGUGAAAAUACCUAAGUUGGAGAGGACAAGCAAUAUCACCGCUUACCUGAUGAUAUUUUUAUAAACGAAGAACCUCUUUAUAACCCUUCUCGUUAGCAUUUCUCAAUAUUCAAAAGCAUCAACGCAUACAAAAAAGUUAGCUACACUAUGAUGGAUAAAUCAAAAAAUGUUGUCCACUGUUUCUUGGAAGAAAAGAAUCCAAUUAGCAUCUAAUGCUCAUAAUGGUCUAAGUUAGCUGACCGCUAUUCAAAUACUUUGUUUGCCCCACUGGCUGAAACAAUAUAAGAGUUCUAUAUGAAGAGAGAAGACUGGAACGAAAGUCUUUCUGUUUCUACUAAGGAUGAGUCUUGCUAAAUUCUCCCUGAGUAUUCAAACUCUGGAGUCAUAAAUAACUUAUAAAAUGGCCAUAUUUUCUUGAAUCAAUUUUAACUUGCUUAAGAAAAAGAAGAUGUAAACUAUAUAGAAAAAAUAUUGUCUAGCCCUCAUAAUCAAUAGCCUUAAAUAAUAUUCCGCCGUAUGUUUGUUGCUGGUAAAGGAACUAUUUUGCGCUCAAUUCACAUCAAUACUUCAUUCUUAAAUAUGGUUAAUUUUUCAACUGAAGACUUCCUCCUUUGCACUGCUAUUCGCAAAGCUCUUCCUGACAUAUUCUACAGUUUGAACUACAUACAAAUUAUGAAAAAAGCCCUUUUUAAAAUUGACAACUCACAAUAGCAAGAAAUUUUUAAUCACUCUAUUCUGACUGCAAAUAACUAGUAAAUUGACAUAUAAUGCAGAUACGAAGGUGCCAAUAUGCCAUACUCUAAACUUGUUAUUUUAAAGAUAACAAACUAGCCUUCUAUUUCUUACAAAUUCUCCUCCGCAUCCUCAAUAGAGUAGAAUAAUAGCAACUCUAACCCUUGUAAUCUUGCUUAGUUGAAUAAAAAACGUAAGCUUUUUGAAAGAGAAGAUAUUGUAAUCAAUAACUAGCAGUCUAAGAUACUUUAAUGCGCUUUUGGCUUUAAGAUUGAAGACGAAACUUCAGAAGAAACCAGCAGAAGCUAAUCUUCUUCCAUUUCAGGACAAUAAAGCUUUGGCUAAAGUUGUACCUAAAACAAAAAAAUAACAGAAUAAGUUUCUUUCUAGUAAUAAUAAACAAAUUAACACAUUAGCUAGAUAGAAAAAAUUUUCAAAUUGAGAGUCAGCAACUAUUGA